AUGAAGUACAGUGUGUAUAAAAACGAAUGAACCGCGUGUUUCAGAAGAAGAAGAAGACGAUCGAGGACGUGCUGGCAGCAGCGCCGCCGCAGCCGGGCCGGCCGGCCGACCUGCAGGACCAGGUGACCCGACACUUCCAGGACCAGCGCUCCGUCAUCGAGCUGGAGGAGAUGCAGAUCCGCGACUCCUGCUUCCUGUCCAGCAACGACCUGACGCACAGCCUGUCCUCCUACCUGAAGCUGAUUUGUCCCAAAUGGUCCAAGAUCCAGAAGCAGCACACGGAGAAGAGCUCGGUGGUCGUGUUGAUCGUCUGCAGCUCGGCGCUCCGGGCCAUCGAGCUCAUCAAGCAGCUGACGGCGUUCAGGGGCGGAGCCAAGGCGCUGAAGCUGUUCGCUAAACACAUCAAGAUGGAGGAGCAGGUGAAGCUGCUGCAGAAAGGCGUCGUCCACAUCGGUGUGGGAACUCCGGGGAGGAUCGGAGCUCUGAUUCACGCAGACGGGCUGAGCCUGCGGGCCCUGAAGUACCUGGUCCUGGACUGGAACUGGAGGGACCAGAAGCUGCGGAGGAUGCUGGACAUUCCUGAGAUCAAACUGGACUUUAUGAAGCUGCUGGACUCAGGAAUCCUGGCGGCGUGUCGAGAAGAAAGAGUCAAGAUAGGACUGUUUUAAUACCAAGGACCACCCACACGAGAGAGAUUGUUUGAUUUGAUUGUUUGAU